CCUCACACACACAAACUAACACUCCUUAGCAUGCUCUGAAAGGACUUUCAGUAAUCUGCUUGGUAGACUUAACAAAAUCAGCUCUUGGAUAAUAUGUGCAUUCUCUGUAAUCAUUUUUUGUUUGUUUUUUUAUGUUGAUGUUGACAAGAAGUUUUUGCAGCUGCUUCAACAAGAAGAGGAGGUCCUCAUGGCAGAUUCCUGCGUCCCGCUGUGUGCACUCACACACUACAUACAGAGCACAAUGGCACAUGGCUUUCCCGUCUAAAAGGCUUUAAUUACUCGUGUUGAUGAAUCUGGGGAAGACUGCUGGCUUUGUUUCUUGCCUGAGCUCUGAACUGGAUGGUCAGUUUCCAGGGUUACUCUGCAUGAAAGGAGGUGCAAAAACAAGUGGCAUAGAGCAAAUGAGAAAAGUAUACUGGUCUUACUAGCUGACUGAUCUGAGAGAUGGGGGUCUCUAAAAGAGCGCCCGCCACUGAUAAUGUGUCCGAUGAAGGUAGCAAAAAAACCAUGAAAGAUGAUGCAGUUCAUCUCAGGAGGAGGAUAGGGCUGCUGCCAUCCAUUUCCUUCAUCAUUGGCACUGUGGUGGGCAGCGGCAUCUUCAUCGCCCCCAAAGGCGUAUUGAUGAAUUCGGGCAGUGUGGGAUUGUCCCUGCUGGUCUGGGCUCUGUGUGGCGUCCUCUCCACUUUUGGUGCUCUGUGCUAUGCUGAGCUGGGCACAACCUUUACUAAAUCAGGGGGCCAUUACACCUACCUUUUGGAGACUCUGGGGCCCCUGCCUGCAUUCCUGCGACUGUGGACUGAGUUCAUAUUCAUCAGACCUGCAGUGGCUUCCUAUGUGUCUCUGGCUUUUGGCCGUUAUGUAGUGGAGCCGUUUUUCUUGCCGUGUGCCGCUCCGACAGCUCUGGUUAAACUCGUCAGCGUGCUUGGAGUCACGUUUGUGGUGGCAGUGAACUGCUGGAGUGUGUCUUUGGCAGCUCGUACGCAGAUCUCGCUGACCUUCAUCAAGAUGUUUGCUCUGAUUCUGAUCAUCAUCCCGGGCAUCAUGGCUCUGGCCAAUGGGAAAACUGAAAAUUUCCAGAAUGCCUUUGACUCUGAUUCUUUAUCUCUGACCAAACUUCCUUUGGCCUUUUAUUCAGGUCUUUAUGCAUACGGCGGAUGGUUUUAUUUAAAUUUCAUAACCGAAGAGGUAAUUAACCCCAACAGAACCAUUCCAUUGGCCAUCAUUUUCUCCAUGGUUACAGUUACCGUGUGUUACGUUCUGGUCAAUGUGGCUUACUAUACAAUGAUGACCGCAGAUGAGUUACUGAUAUCAGAUGCCGUGGCAGUGACGUUUGCAGGUCGGGCUCUGCAGGGUAUAGCUCCAGCAAUACCCAUAUUAGUCGCUCUUUCCUGCCUUGGAGCUCUUAAUGGAGGCUUUUUUGGUUCACCCAGGAUGUUGUUCGUGGGAGCCAGAGAGGGUCACUUUCCAGUGAUCUUCUCCAUGAUCCAUAUUCGCAGACAAACACCGCUGCCAGCCGUGCUUUUUCUGUAUCCUCUGGUCAUCAUCAUGUUGGCAAGAGGAGAGAUCUUUCAACUGAUCAACUUUGCGUCAUUCUCCCGUUGGCUCUUCAUUGCCAUGGCGACCUUGGGAAUGAUCAUCCACCGCUACAGAUUUCCAGAACAUCCCAGACCGUUCAAGGUCCCUCUAGCAUUUGCCAUGGUCUUUACCAUAGUGUGUUUCUUCAUCGUGGGCCUGUCCUUGUAUUCGGACCCUUGGAACACAGGGGGCAGCUGUGCCCUCACCAUCUCAGGAAUACCUGUGUAUUACCUGACAGUCAAGAAGUCAUAUAUACCUGAACGCUGGAAAAAAUCCUUCAAUUAUAUCAGUCAACAGAUGCAGAUUCUUCUGGAAGUGGCUCAGCAGGAAGUUCAGACCUACUGAUGGAGCAUCACCAAACCAGCGAAAUUCAUGCGCUGAGUGUUGCGAUUGGCGUCAAAGUUUUACAUUUUAGUGGUGCUUGCUAUAACUAUUGCUCAUUUUAACAAACCCCUAACCACCCUACACACUUAAAAACAUAGGUUUCAAUAGGGGGUUUUUACAGUGAUGCCAUAGAAGAACCAUUUUUGGUUCCCCAACGAACCUUACA